UCCACCGAACUGAAAAAGCUGUACUGCCAGAUCGCCAAGACAUGUCCCAUCCAGAUCAAAGUGAUGACCCCGCCGCCUCAGGGAGCUGUCAUCAGGGCUAUGCCAGUCUACAAGAAAGCUGAACAUGUCACUGAAGUGGUCAAACGCUGCCCAAACCAUGAGCUGAGCCGGGAGUUCAACGAGGGGCAGAUUGCACCUCCCAGCCACCUGAUCCGGGUGGAAGUGGAAGGGACCAGCCAUGCCCAGUAUGUAGAAGACCCCAUUACUGGGAGGCAGAGUGUACUGGUCCCCUAUGAGCCGCCCCAGGUCGGUACGGAGUUCACAACAGUCUUGUACAACUUCAUGUGUAACAGUAGCUGCGUGGGAGGGAUGAACCGUCGCCCGAUCCUCAUCAUUGUGACACUGGAAACCAGAGAUGGGCAAGUCUUGGGCCGCCGAUGUUUCGAAGCCCGCAUUUGCGCUUGCCCAGGCAGAGAUCGCAAAGCAGAUGAGGACAGCAUCCGCAAGCAGCAAGUCUCUGACAGCACAAAGAAUGGUGAUGGUACGAAGCGCCCUUUUCGACAAGGAACUCAUGGCAUACAGAUGACAUCUAUCAAAAAAAGACGUUCCCCAGAUGAUGAGCUCUUAUACUUGCCGGUGAGGGGACGGGAGACAUACGAAAUGCUACUAAAGAUCAAAGAGUCCCUGGAACUAAUGCAGUACCUUCCCCAGCACACGAUUGAGACCUACCGGCAGCAGCAGCAGCAGCAGCACCAGCACUUGCUCCAGAAGCAGACCUCCAUGCAGUCGCAGUCAUCCUAUGGCUCCAACUCUCCACCACUCAGCAAAAUGAACAGCAUGAACAAGCUGCCCUCGGUCAGCCAGCUAAUUAACCCCCAGCAGCGCAAUGCCCUGACCCCAACCACCAUACCUGACGGCAUGGGAACCAACAUUCCCAUGAUGGGCACCCACAUGGCCAUGACCGGCGACAUGAAUGGCCUCAGCCCCACUCAGGCGCUGCCUCCUCCCCUCUCCAUGCCUUCAACGUCCCACUGUACCCCCCCUCCUCCGUACCCCACAGACUGCAGCAUCGUCAGCUUCUUAGCGAGGUUGGGCUGCUCAUCCUGUGUGGAUUAUUUCACGACCCAGGGGCUGACCACCAUCUAUCAGAUUGAGCAUUACUCCAUGGAUGAUCUGGUGAGCCUCAAGAUCCCGGAGCAGUUCCGCCAUGCCAUCUGGAAGGGCAUCCUGGACCACCGGCAGCUCCAUGACUUCUCCUCCCCUCCCCACCUCCUGCGCACCCCCAGUGGCGCCUCCACUGUCAGCGUGGGCUCCAGUGAAACCCGGGGGGAGCGGGUCAUCGAUGCGGUCCGCUUCACACUCCGGCAGACCAUUUCCUUCCCGCCCCGCGAUGAGUGGAACGACUUCAACUUCGAUAUGGAUGCCCGGCGCAACAAACAGCAACGCAUCAAGGAGGAAGGGGAGUGAGCUCCGCGGACCCUGCUCCACCCUGCCUCAGCCACAAACUGCUCAGCCCUUCAUUUGUCUUCCUUCUGCUUGGUAUUGCACCCCUGGACGAAGGGCGGAGGGAGCCUUCUUGCUCACUCAUGCUAGUUAUGCUCUUGAUGCUGUCUAGGUCAUACUCCUGGACCGCAACCUCCACCCCAGCUCUUGCAAAGGGGAAGAGCUGAGCAAAGGGGGAAGGCGGGUGGUAUUUCCUUGAAAGCUGUUGACCUUCUCGAGAAGGCAUUGUUCUUGUUUCGUGUUUUCCUUUGGGGAGAGGGCUUCUUUUCUCGACUUUUGAAUCCUCACACACCUUGUGGGUGUCUUGACCUGCAAACUUGUCUCUCUCAUCCAGUGAUCCUACUCUGAAAAGCAGGAAAGUUAAAAUAAAUUUUUAAAAA